CCACUCUAAAACCUCGUUAAACCCCGGGUGAGUGGAUUCGGUUCCAAACAAAUCGGACCGAUUCUUCUUCCAAUGUCGAAGGCGAAGCUGCGAUCUUCACUUCUCGCCGUUCUGCGCUGCAAUACAACUCACUCAUCCGCCAUUAAUUUCCCAAAUGUUUCCAAUUCGGCUCUAUCAGCCCAAAUUCCGUCUAAUUGCAUCUCACUCUCGCAACUUCCUUCCACCGCAGAAUGCUUUCGCCCGUGUCGAUCCUCUAGAUGUGAAUUUCUCAACUAUCUCAGGUUUCCCUCGAGGGUUUUUAGUUCUCGAUCGGCAGAGGCGUCGGACCUGAAACUUAGGUGCUGGAAUUGUGGCGCUGCGGCUCCAACGUCAGUGGUGUUUCUGGUGUGCGAUUCUUGUCGGAGCAUUCAGCCUUUGGACCAGUCGGUGGAUUAUUUUCAGAUAUUUGGCUUGGAAAAGGAGUAUGAAAUUGGAGAUGUCAAUCUGGAGAGCCAGUAUAAAGAUUGGCAGAAGAAAUUACAUCCCGACUUAGUUCAUUCAAAAUCAGACAGAGAAAGAGAAUAUGCUGCUGAACAAUCUGCUCGGGUCAUCGAUGCUUACCGCACUCUUAGUAAGCCAUUGUCGAGAGCAAUAUAUAUUCUGAAGCUUGAGGGUUUAGAUGUCAAUGAAGAGGAUACAAUAUCUGAACCAGAGUUGCUAAAUGAGAUUAUGGAAAUCAGGGAAGCUGUAGAAGAUGCAUCGGGAUCUCAGGAACUAAACCAGAUUCAGUCACAGAUGCAAGAGAAACUAAAUCAUUGGUCUAACACAUUUGCAAAAGCAUUGCGAAACCGGAACUUCGACGAUGCCAUCUCGUCUAUCCAGCGAAUGACCUACUACGAGCGGGUGAAGGAAGAAAUUACAAAGAAGCUGUAGUGAAGGAGGUAUAAUCCAUGGAAGCACUAGGUGUAGAAUUCAAUCUUUAUCUACCUCUUGAAAUGAUUGCUCAUAUCUCAGUUUUUUAGUACUUAAAAGUUCAUAAAUUGGUGGUUAAUAUUCUAGCUGUGAGUAAAAAUUUCAUCAGUUUUGUGAUUCUGAUGUUGCUGAAUGCCGGCAAUUUCAGUGUAUCAAUAAGGAGACAGAAAUUAAGAAUGUUCAGAAACAGCCUACAUACAAUAAAUACUCAUUGAUCUGUCUUG